GUUAGGGCCACGUAAUGCUUUGCUGUCAAAAGUAUAACAAAAAAAAAAAGAGGGGAUCAAAACCGGCAGCCUCAAGAAAAAUAAACCUAUUGGCGGGUGGUCAAAGUGAUAGUGGCGUUUAAAUUAGCCAGCAUAACUUCGUUUUAAUAAAUUUACCUACGAUGUUGUUCAUGACAUGGAUUGCCAGAGUAGGGGAUGGUUUACCUCUUGCCGCAUCAAUUCCCGAAGAUGAAGAGUCUGGGAGAGGAGUGCUGGAUUACCAAAACCAGGCCAAGAUGCUGUUCAGAAAAAUGAAUCAGCAGAGUCCUUCCAAAUGCACGAUUGAAACUGGGGCACAUUUCUUCCAUUAUCUUAUUGAUCAAGAUGUCUGCUACCUGGUUCUGUGUGAACAGAGCUAUUCUAAAAAGCUUGCCUUCUCUUUUCUCGAAGAUCUAGCUCAAGAGUUUAGUUCACUCUAUGGAAAAAAGGUCCAGAGUGUGAAUCGUCCAUACAGUUUUAUUGAGUUUGAUACCUACAUUCAGAAGGCAAGAAGAUCGUUUAUGGACUCUAGAACUAGACGUAACUUAACCGCCAUCAACACAGAGCUUCAAGACGUUCAAAGGAUUAUGGUUCGCAACAUCGACGAUGUCCUACAACGAGGCAGUCUACUUUCAGAUCUGGAUAAUAAAGCACAGACGCUGUCACUCAGUUCGCAACGGUACAAGAAAGACGCCAGAAACUUGAACAUGCAAUCGACGUAUGCAAAAAUUGGAGCCGCAGCCAUCGUUUUGCUUGUUUUUGUCCUUUAUUUUUGGCUCCUCGUUAACAGAAUUCGAGCUGCCGAUAAACCAAAUGAUCGCCGUUGGGAAGCACAACAUUACACCUGGAACGUUGACGAUGACGAGGAAAUUCCGGGAACAGUAAGAAUCGUCCUGAGUGCAGCAGAUCCGCAGAGAACAAAGAAUCAGGUGGUGUACAGCAUCCCUGAUCGAUGUUUCAUCCCACUGAUUCCAGAAAAUUCCUCGGUCGAACUCUUUGACCAAACGUCGUCAUCGGUUUACGUCGAACAAACUAACGUUUCAGAUGCUGCCUUUAACCCGGUUGCAGAAAUUCGGCAGGAAGUGGAUACUGGGACAUCGGACGCUGACGAUACAGUCAGUGAAGCUUAUGAUGGCGAUCGUUCGAUCGACACAGCUGCUGCGCCAGGCACUGCUGGUGGCAAUAAUACGAGCAAUCAGGCGUUAGACAGUAGCCGAAGUGAUCAUGGAGCAAUGACGGAAAGAGAAGAAGAUCCAUUGGAAUUACUGACUGGAGCUAAAUCGCUAGUUAAACGUAAAGGAGCAAAAGGAAUCAAUCAUUUCAGCUACUGCGAUCGUGCCACACAGACAACUGUUCCACCCAUAAGAUCGCACGCGAUUCAAACGGAAGCUCCUCCACGUGUCUCUUUUACUGCACUCACGAAUGCAUGGAUUAUUCACGACGCGUAUCGUCAAGAUCUUGCUGCACAGCAGCAGAAGACUCAUCAACAAGCAUUAAUUAAUAAUGCUGUAGAGGCCGUCAAUAAAGGUGUACCAUCCACCACUUCCUCUUCCACAGUUCCAAUAGGUUCUGCUCCGGAUAUAUCUGUAACCGUCACUGCCCCAUCAGCAGCACCGCCAGUUAUUUUUCAACCGACCGGUGAAACAGCAUUGAGUCCAGCGGGUAUCUCUCGUCUCGACGCAACCGCUCACGUUAUUGAACGAAUGCUGAACCAAAAUACCUAUGACGAUAUCGCCCAGGAUUUCAAGUAUUGGGAAGACGCAGCAGAUGAAUAUCGCGAACCAGAAGGAACUCUUAUGCCUCUAUGGCGUUUCACUCCUCCAGCCGCACUUUUGCGAAUGUUUGAAGAGAACGGUUCGAUGCGUAACGCAGUACCUAGUCACAUCACCGCAAUUUGUUGGAAUCCACAUUACAAGGAUCUCUUUGCCAUCGGUCUUGGUUCUCGAGACAAUAUGACAGCAGAAUCGGGAUUGGUUUGCAUAUUUUCGCUUAAAAGUCCCACUCAUCCGGAACGCUCUGUUCAACUGCAAGCAGGCGUUUCUAGCUUGGAUUUUCAUCCGGAAUUCUGGCAGCUGUUGGCUGUCGGCAUGCACGAUGGUCACGUGGCAGUUGUUGAUUUGACAGUGCGGAAGGAUCUCGAAACUUUUUCUAUUACCAAUUUAAUUACCUAUCGAAGUUCAGCAAUGAGAGGGAAACGGACUGUCCCGAUUACUCAGGUGAGCUGGCACGGUGACAUGAGUGACGGCAAUUUACGAUUGUUUUCCAUCUCGAUGGAUGGCUGCCUUUGCUUAUGGCUCUUCGUGCAGGGUGAACUUUAUCCCACAGAAUUAAUUACAUUGCCGUUCCAAGGCGAUAACCGAUUGCAAGAUAACAACUUGGGUGGAAUGGCCUUGACAGCUUCUUGCAGUUGCAUGGCUAUACAUCCAAACCACACAAUGGUUUUGGUUGGAACGGAUCAAGGCCAGUUGUGGCCGGUUAGCAACGAAGGCGAAAUUCUCAACUGGGGACCUGUGAACGCUCACCAAGGUCCCAUUUACACGGUGCAGUGGAAUCCAUUUCACCAUCAGGUUUUUAUUACCUGCGGUACCGACUGGUUAGUUAAAAUAUGGGACCAGCGGGAGAAGGAAGCGCUGGUGGUGAUCACUUUGGGAUCGUUCGUUGAACACUGUGCUUUCUCUCCGUUUAGCUCGACAGCUUUUGCUUGCAUGUCGAGCAACGGGAAAGUGCUCAUCUACGAUUUGAACAUUUGCCUGCACAAACCUUUGUGUAGCCAGCGAAUCACUCCGCAGAGGAGGGCACAGCCAACGACAUUGAGCUUCGCACCUUUCCAUCCGGUCAUUUUGGUUGGCGAUGACAAGGGUCACGUGACGUGUCUCAAAUUGUCCCCUAACCUCAGGAAAAUUAGCCGAGUUCCCGAGAGUUCCCGCGCUAUCGAAGUCGAAAUGGAUAAGCUCGAACGCGUCAUUACCUUAAUGAAAAGAUAGUUUUGCAUUUUUUCU